AUGCAUUUUGUCUGGGAGAUGAUUGCUGCACUCUGUCACACACAGUUCCUGCUACUCACUGUCUGUCUGAAAAUGGGAUCGGGGCGGGGAGAGGAGUCCCACAAACCAGUCUUUAACCUUUCAGCAGUUUAUCCCACAGACACAGACUCCACUCGAGAUGACCAACCAACUGCGCCAUCAGUGACAGGCCGUGAGGGGGAGACCGCGACCCUCACCUGUGACCUCUCCCUCAGCAAAGACCAUCAGACAACACAAGUCAUUGAAUGGCUCCACGAAGGCCUGGUGCUGCCCAUAUUCAUCAAGUUCGGAGUUCACCCCCCACGCAUUGACGCAGCCUACCUGGGUCGCCUGAGUUUAGUGGAAGGGGCAUCGCUACGGAUGGAGCGGUUACAAGCUCAGGAUGAAGGCUGGUAUCGUUGUCGGAUCUUAUUCCUCACACCUCCCUAUGAUUCCCAGAACGGGACGUGGACCUAUCUCUCUGUUAGCACCCCACCCAGCUUCAAGAGGACCCCGCCGGCCGUGGUGGAAAUUCAAUUGGGAGAGCCGGCGCGCCUGCACUGCGACGCCCAGGGGCGGCCCCAGCCUCUCGUCAGCUGGGCCAAGGACGGGGCAGAGCUGCCCCUGACAACCGAACCUCCGGCCGGGCAACGAUACCAGGUGAGGAACGGGAGCCUGGAGAUCGAGGCGGUGGGGCGUGGUGCUGCUGGGUUAUACACGUGUGAGGCCAGCAAUAGCGAAGGCAGGGUCACCCACACCAGCAGGCUACUCGUGAGGGCUCCACCAGUCAUUGUGCAGCCACCCAGCAAUCUAACAGUGAACUAUACCCAGGACGCUCUCUUCACGUGCCAGGCUGAGGCAUACCCUGGCAACCUGAGCUACACCUGGUUCAGGGACGGCAUCAAUGUCCAUCAUGACAGGGACACACUGUCCCUGGACUCUUGA